GCAGGCAAUGGACGCGAGUGGGAAACUCUCAGGAAAAUAUUUACCGCUAGCCUCCCGACUCCGUGUUGCGUGUUCCAAAGGGGCGUGUGCGUGCGCCUGUGUGUGUGUGGGCCAGGGGGAAUCCAAAAUGUAGUAUUCCACUUCGACGCCCAAGGAGUACAUGCAAAAUACUAAAAGUCAAAGAAGUGCCUUUAUAGUUUACCGAUUUUCCUGACAUUGCUUUGCCCCAACACUGUUUCAGUCGUCCAAGGCCUACGGAUCAAGAGUAUAUAGGCGCGGUGAAAUGUACUAAACCACAAGAAACACAAUAAAAUGUAUGUUUCACAGAAAUUACAUAAAUUUGCAGUUAAAGGGCCUAUAUAAAAACACUCUUGCUUAAAAAGUAACUAGAGACAGCUGCAAAGUAAAGAAAUGCUACCAACCCUGAACACUUUCCUUUGAGCAGUACAUAAAAUGCGCCGAAAUAUCUGCAGCUGAGUGCGAAGUUCACCUUCACCCAAAGAGUGUGGCAUGCAGGCAUAUGAAAAAUCGAUACUAGAAGCAUCGGCAGUUGCAACGCCCUACGGCCGCUCCCACUUGUCCACAAACAUCUGCAGCUCCAAGGGUGGGGAACCAUAGGUCCAGAGGUCUGCUAGCUCGACUAGAGUCCGCGCAGGAGUCCCAAUCCCGACGGCAUGGUGGAUGCCAAGCCGCAGCCACCCACUCCGGGAACGAUGCCCGGAACGCCACCCGCUGGCUUUGCCGGCGAGCGAUCGAAGAUCAAACUGUUCAUGGAACGGACGCCCAGCAUCGGAGCCCUCAAGUCCAAGUUCCUCACGGUGCUGGGAAACAGCAACGAGCUGCUCAACGGCAUAUCAAACAAGCUGACCCUGAGUAGCAGCAGCAGCGACUCCGACUAUUGUGAUGACGACGAGGAUAUACCCAAAUUUGACGAGACCAUUGAUUACACCAAGAUCGACUUCGAAGGUCGCCGUGUGAAAGCUCGUCGGGCUCAUGAGGAAAUCAUCUCGGGGCGUUAUCGUCAGCCCAAUUUAGCGCCACGUCCCCGACUGGAACCAUCGCGUGGUCGACAUGCCGCAAGCAAACUGGGUGGACCCCUCCGCUCGAGUUCCGGCUCAUCGAGCAGCUCCAGCAGUGACGACGACAGCAGCUCGAUGUCGCUGCCCGAGCACAUGGCCAACCGGUCCCAGUCGCACGACGUCAGCAGCACCACCCGCUCGGAUUCCAUAGAGUCGCGCCACUCCGGCGGAUACGAGAGGGCCAGAGCGAUUGCCGGUGCCCGACGCAGCGAGAUGGACAUGCAGCGGGAUGUGCAGAGGACGGGGGAAGGGCUCGAGUCCUUGCCACCACACAUCGAUGUGCAGCCGCCGACGGAGGGCGGUGGAGGAGGAGGAGCGGGAGCGGGAUCCGGAGGACGUCAGCAGUGGGCCGGGGGCAGCAACUCGAUGCGCCUGCCGUCGCGCAGUCGGGCCUCCAACAGCAGCACCUUGACCAGCCUGCGGGACGAGCCGGAUCAGCUGCUGGCCAGCCCCAGCAUGGAGUCCACCGACUGGCGGCACUUCAUCCGCUCCGAGUCGCAGAACUCUGUGCCGUCGUGGGCCUCCUCAAUCAGCCUGGAUUGUCGGGCGGGCGAGGAGCCGGUCAAGGAGUUCAUGAAGCACUUCACCGCCCUGCUGUUCGGAGGAUCUCCUGGGGCCGUCGAUCUGGAGCUGAAGUCCGAGUUCGGAGUGCUGCUGCGGCUGGAGAUCGGCCGGCUGUGGUUCACCCGGUUCCUCACUGACCAGCGCCACAAGUCCAAGCGGCUGGACUCGGUCACCUUCGGCGGUCUGGCCCAGUACUUCGCCCUGGCCCUGUUCGAGUGCAGCGAGUGCGAGGACUACGGCCCGGCUGCGGUCCUGAUGAACCUCUGUUUCCUCUUCUACCACGAGGUGGAGGUGCCCGGCUGCGAUCCCUACCGCGAGUACCUGUUCUCCUCGCUGCGCCAACAGCCCAUCUGGCAGCAGGCCCGCUUCUGGAACGCCAUCUUCCACGAUGCUCUGCAGGCGGAGCGGGAGCACCGAGGUCAGAGCCAGAUGAGGCGCCAACAGCGCCGCCAGCAGAAGCAACAGAAGCAGCAAGGAGCAGGGACGGGAGCGGGAGCGGGAUCGGGAAUGGUGGAUGUGCCGCCUUCCCAGUCGCAGCGCAAACAGGGCGGCGACUCCUCGUCCAGUUCCUCGCAUCAGGUGGUUCAGCCAUCCACUCCGGCGGCUCCGGCGUCCACUGGCUCCAUUCCGGCCAACCGCAGGCAGAGCAAAACCAGCCUCACCCAGCCAAAGUCGGUCAGGGAGCACGAGGACAUUGCAUUUCGGCAGCUUGGGGCCUUGACGUGCAAUAUGCACUCACUGGGUACAUCUCAAGAAUUGUGCCUCGACUUCCUGAAAAAGAACGUGGUGGCCCUUAACCUAUCAAAGGAUAAAGCCAAACUUAUAAGAGACAAUAUCUAUCGAAUGUACCAUGAGACGCAACUUUGGGGAGCCCGACACGCCUGAGCAGUAACAAUUGUUUAAGUACCUAACGAAAUCGUGUUUCAAUCUUCGUCUCAACUAAAGCAAAACUUGUGUCGUAAGUCAGCCGACAACACCAAAAUAAUCCUAAUGUAGCAGAUCAAUGAAUUUUUAUCUGAAAUCUGAAGUUUUUACUCGCGUUGUUGUAACUUUAAGGACAUUAAUAAAGUGGGCAUUCUUGUAACUGGGUUUGACACGCCCCGAAAUUAUAUAAAACUUUAAACUUAAACUCAAUGAAUCAUGAAGCAAUGGGAUAAUUUAAAAUCUAUAGUUUGUAAAUAUUUUUAUUUUUUAAAUGCAUUUAAAGAAUGAAUUUUUAUUUUUCUAACCGAAAUUAUUUUUUGUUAAAGAUCAACGAAUUCGAAUUGCAUAUCAAGUUAUUCUUUGAAUCAAAAUCAGUUACAAGAAUAUGUUUACUGCGAACAGUAGGUGGACAUUUAAGCAAAUUCUUAUAUGUACAUACAUGUAUCCACAAAUUGUGAUAAAAAUAUUUUGUGAUUACUUUAUAUAGACCUAAAUAUUUACGUGUACCGAAAUUAUGCAAUGCAAAUAGCUUAAAUAUCUCAGAUUAAUUUGUUAAAAAUCAAGAUCAAUAACUAUGCUAUGUAUGUUUAUAAUGUAAGUGAUAACAUUUCGCAAUUGUUUAAUACAUUCAAAUUAAUAAAACUCUAACA